AUGACGACCUCCGACGAACACCACUCCAGCCUCCCCUACCAUGGGUCCUGCCAUUGUGGAUUUAUCAGAUACAUCACCUUCAUUCCAAUGCCACCAGCAGUCGCCCCGGAUGGGGCCGAGGGUGCCCGCCUCCGGUUCUACAAGUGCAGUUGCACGACGUGUCACAAAAUGGGAUUGUUCCACAUGCGACUUCCGGACGCGCCGAACCAAUUCUUUUUACUCUCCCCGCUGGACCGCAAUACGCUGGCUAAUUAUAAAUGCCCGAAUGGCUAUAUCAAUUGGUUCUUUUGUCCGACGUGCGGCGUGCGAUGUUUCGCGACCGUACCUCAUUGGAAGCAGGACCAGAUCGAUAUCGAAAGCAUUUCGGCGGCCAUUCCCAGUCGUGACGGCAAGCCCGAUCUGCCGGGUAUAGAAGAAUCGACGAAGACAAUCACAGUGUGGCGAAUGGAUCCUGAGACAUUCCAGGAGGAUGUGACUGGGUAUCUGACGAUCAAUGCACUUACCAUCGAUCAAGACCAACCCCAUGGAAAUAAUCUUGAUCUGCGCCAGCUUGUGGAUAACAAGUUGGUCGAGUACAUGGACUGGAACACAAAAAAGGGCGAUUGUCGAUAUGAUUAUCCUCAUGACAAGGGGACCUGGUAG